AUGCGCACCCCCCUCGCGGCUUUCGCGGCGCUGACGGCGACGACGUGCGCGCGCGCCGCCGUGCACGAGCUCUGGUGGAACAUCACAUACGUCUACAACGCCAUCCCCGACGGGCUCGCCGAGCGCCGCGUCAUCGGCGUCAACGGCUCCUGGCCCCCGCCGCCCAUCGAGGUCUCCACGAACGACACCAUCCUCCUGCACGCCCUCAACUCGCUCGACGAGGUCGCCACCCUCCACCACCACGGCAUGUUCUUCAACGCCUCCACCUGGAUGGACGGCGCCCUCGGGGUUUCGCAGUGCGGCAUCCCCCCCGGCGCCUCGUUCGACUACGUCGUCCCCAUCAACGGCUCCGGCCAGUGGGGCACCUACUGGGUCCACGCCCACGCCAAGGGGCAGUACGUCGACGGCCUCCGCGCCCCCGUCGUCAUCCACCCGCCCACCGAGGUCUACGACUACGACGACGAGUACACGAUCGUGCUCGGUGACUGGUACCACGACGAGCAGAAGGUCCUCCUGAAGCAGUUCAUCAGCAUCGCCAACCCCGGCGGCGCCGAGCCUGUCCCUGACUCGGCGCUGGUAUAUUACACGCACAAUGGGCAGUACAUGGGCCCCAUCCCCGGAACGACACCGUCCAGCUGGGUCACGAGCAACGUCGGCUACAACGAGAACGCGACCAUCCCGUUCGAGCGCGGGAAGAAAUAUCGCCUGCGCAUCGUCAACACCUCCGCGUUCGCCGGGUUCUACUUCUGGAUCGACGGGCACGAGAUGCAGAUCAUCGAGGCCGACGGGGUCGACACGCAGCCGCAGCCGGUCGACAUGCUCAAUCUCGCCGUCGCGCAGCGCUACUCCGUGCUCGUGUACGCGCGCAACGACAGCGAUUCCGACGCCAAGAACUGGGCGGUGCACGCAAACAUGGACACCGUCAUGUUCGACACCGUCCCGGACACGCUGAACCCCAACGUGACGUCGUCGAUCUCGUACACCACCCCGCCGGCGUCGCUCGCGGAGAUCACGCAGCUCGACCCGGUGGACGAGUACGUCGACGUGAACGACACCGCGCUCGUGCCCGUGCAGGCCGUGCCGCAGCUCCCGCCCGCGGCAAAGACGAUCGAGCUCGAGGUGUCCUUCGACACCAUGCAGGACGGCACGAACCACGCCAUGUUUAAUCUGCAGACGUACAACACGCCGCUCGUGCCCGCGGUGUUUUCCGAGCUCACGCUGGGCGAGAACGCGACCGUCGCGGGCGCGUACGGCCCGCUCUCCUUCGUCGUCGACCACCUCGACGUGUUCGACAUCGUGCUCAAGAACGGCGACGCGGGCAAGCACCCUUUCCACUUGCACGGGCACCAGUUCCAGCUGGUCGGCCGCGCGACGGACUAUACGAGCGACAAUGCGACGCUGAACCCGCCGCUCGACGAGGGGCAGGCGAAUCCGAUGCGGCGCGACACGGUCAUGGUGCCGAGCAUGGGCUCCGCGACGAUGCGCGUCGUCGCGGACAACCCCGGGGUGUGGUUCUUCCACUGUCACAUCGAGUGGCACCUCGAAGUCGGGCUCGCGAUCCAGAUCAUCGAGGCCCCGCUCGAGUUCCAGCAGCGCACGCUCGCGGCGGGCGGGAUCCCGUCCUACAUCGGCGAGCAGUGCGCCGCGCAGGGGAUGCCGACGAGCGGGAACGCGGCGGGGCACGCGAGCGCGACGGACCUCAGCGGGCUGCCCGAGGGCCCGUUCCCGCAGCACAACGGGUGGCACCCGAAGGGCGUCGGCGCGAUGUUCGGCUGCGUGCUCACCGCGGUGAUCGGGAUGGCGACGGUGACGUGGUACUCGUUUGGCGGGAACCUCACGGACGAGGAGGUCGAGCGGGAGACGAGGGAGAGGCAGGCGAAGAAGGCAGAACGGGGACGGUUCUUUGGGCUGGAGAAGGCGGUCAAGGCGCGCGUGCAGACGUCGUGAGGAUGAUGUCAACUUAAAAUGAUGACCCGCGGACGGGGGAUGUGGUGUAAUGGUUUCUUGGUUGUAGGUUUUGGUACGAUACUUAGAUGAAUGGACCAUGCGCAUGAUCCGAUCUAAUGAGAUAUGAUUGACACUGCAAGCGUAGCGGGAAGACAGAGUAUCCUGAACAAGCAUCACCACGAAGAGAGGGGGGUAAGAAGGGAUGCAAUAAGCAGGGGGUAGUGCUAGUAUACAAGUUUUCCUUCAAAUGAUAUCAUUAUCUUCGGGAGCCAACAAGCUCAGUCGUACUUCCUCAACUUUCCGUGGGUGAUCUUGAGCUCCGCGCGAUCGCGGAUGGCCGUUAUGACCUUCAUGAACUCCUCCGACGCGCUCUCAUACGACUUCUGGUGGGCCUUGUCAUCGAUCGGGAGCAUCAGCACCUCAACCAGCUGCCACCAGAGGAAGGGAGAGAUGUAC